AUGGGAUUGACUACUAAACCUUUAUCUUUGAAAGUUAACGCCGCUUUGUUCGACGUCGACGGUACAAUUAUUAUCUCUCAACCUGCUAUUGCGGCAUUCUGGAGGGACUUUGGUAAGGACAAGCCUUAUUUCGAUGCCGAACACGUAAUCGAAAUUUCGCACGGUUGGAGAACUUACGAUGCUAUUGCUAAGUUUGCUCCUGACUUUGCCAAUGAAGAAUACGUUAACAAGUUAGAAGGUGAAAUCCCGGUUAAGUACGGUGAAAAAUCUAUCGAAGUUCCUGGGGCAGUCAAGCUAUGUAACGCUUUGAACGCCCUACCAAAAGAAAAAUGGGCUGUGGCCACUUCUGGUACCCGCGAUAUGGCCCAAAAAUGGUUUGAACACCUAGGAAUCAAGAGACCGAAGUAUUUCAUCACUGCUAACGAUGUUAAACAAGGUAAACCUCACCCAGAACCAUACUUGAAGGGAAGAAAUGGCCUAGGGUAUCCAAUUAACGAACAAGAUCCUUCCAAAUCUAAGGUAGUAGUAUUUGAAGACGCUCCGGCAGGUAUUGCGGCCGGUAAGGCUGCUGGCUGUAAGAUCAUUGGUAUUGCCACUACUUUCGAUUUGGACUUUUUAAAGGAGAAGGGCUGUGACAUUAUUGUCAAGAACCACGAAUCCAUCAGAGUCGGAGGCUAUAAUGCCGAAACAGAUGAAGUUGAAUUCAUCUUUGAUGAUUACUUAUACGCUAAGGAUGAUCUACUGAAGUGGUAA